AUGAUAAUCAGGACUGAACUUCAAGACAUACAGAAAAUGAUUGACAGCCUCCAGAAUCCACUGGAUCCCAGCAAAGUAGCUCAGCUGCUAGCUGUUCACAGAGAAGUGAUCUUUCUACAGUUUGAUGCAGCAAUCAGGCAUCGACUACGAGAGACAUUUUUGUCUUCGGGGAAUGUUUCAGCCUACCAGAGCGUAACAGACAGGAUAUACCAUGCGCUGCCUCCAUUGAGUAACUCUGUGAUUCAGAGUGCAUUUGCUUCACAGCUAAGGCUCCCACAGCUUCUGGAUCCUCAAAGCUGCAGGCUGUGCCUGUGCAGCCUGAGCGAUGCAGACCGAAGAGUUGCUCACGGCGAGCUGGUGGCAAUGCAGUUUCUAAUGGAGGAUGUACUGCAGAACAGCUACGGCUGUGCUGUGGAAGAUCAAGCUGACUGUCAAGCCUCGUUAGCUAAGAGCAAACAGAAUUUGGCAGAGAUGGUUGACUCAAGUGCUAACUGGUUGCAGAACAGCAAAAAGACAUGCAAACUUUUGCUGAGGCAUCAUGAUCCGAUCAUAUCCCAUAACUUCCUGAGAUCUUUUCUGAUACUGUGGAAGCAACUAGAAAUAUUAAAGGCAGAAUGGGGCCGGCUCAAGCUGAGGACUGAGGAUAUCAAUACAGUUCCUCUCUACAAAGAGUUUUGUGAGCAAUAUGGCACAGAUAUCCUGUACCCGGCCAUGAAAGCCAUAGUCAGACAAACGGGCACAGAGGAGGAGUUUGGAAAGCCCGUUACAAGCACUCAGCACGUACUUCCCCCCAGAGGAGCAUCAGAAAUCAAAAUGAAAGUGUACCAGCUUCAAAAGCUUCUGGAAAGCCUAGAAAUCCACAUGAUCCAUGAUGUGCAGAAGAAAAUUAACCAGGAGAUGACUCUAGUGACAUCUGAAAGAGCCAGACAAGAAAGCAGUCUCCCCACUGAGCUCUGGAAACACAGGGUAAUGCAAGAAAAUUUCUCAGUUGUACGACCACAGAUAGUUGAAACAUUUGUUCAAAAGCUGAUGGAAAACUACCAAGAAUCAGAUACAGAGGUUACUUUUAAAAAAAGCCAUUUACAACAGUGUCUCACCAUACUGGGCUGUGACGUCAUGGCCAGAGAGCGCAGCAACUUUGAGACCUACUCCAUGUUUUAUGAAAAUAUUCUCCAGCAGCAGCAUCGUUUACUUUACCAAAAAGAACAAGAGCUGCACGCGGUGGAAGAAGGUGGCAACCAAAGCGAUAUGGCUCUGACGCAGAUUGUGGGGCUGUGCCACAGGAUGAUUAUGGAAAUAACUGCUCUCAGAGCCCAGCUCGCUGACUUAGAGGAAGAAAAUCUUGGUCUCAAAGAGAAGAUUAGAAGAGAAGUACGGGAUGAAUAUGAAUCAUUAGUGCGGAACCUAUUUGUGACUUGUGUCCAUCUAAAAGGAAAGUUGGAUGUCUAUCGCCUUAGCAUUGAGCAACGAGUGUUUGAAAUCAUCAGUGAAGUGAGAAGAGAAGGAGUUGACAAUAUGAUUGAUCUGAAGAAAAAGUUUGGCUCCACUACAAAUAAUGGUGACUUGAAAGAACAUUUGUCUAAACAGGAACAGCUGCAGCGCUUGCGGGAUGAAAAUAUCAGGCUAAGCAAGCUGGUGUGUAAGCUAAAGGCUCUGAACUGUUGGAAGCAAACCACUCAGAAGGCACAGCUCUCUGCAAAGCUUAGAGAUGCUGAGAAGGAAGCUCUUCAAAACAAAAAAGAGUGUCUGAAUGCUAAGAUGAUGGCAGAACAAGAGGUGACUUCGUUUCAGGGGCAGCUCAUGACUGUAAGGAAAGCUCUUGCAAAAUCUCAAGCAGAAAAUGACAAGCUAAAGAAACAGCUACAUAAACAGAAACAAAUGCUGUUGGAAGUAGGACAGAGGAAGACACAAGAAUCCAAGAAGAGACAAGUACUCAGUGUGAUGAAAGCUGAAAACAUAGAGAAGAUGCUUAAAGAGAUGGAAGAAGAGCAGAGAGUGAAAUGCCCGACCAAGGAAGCUGAAAAAUCUUCUAAAACGUGCCAUCUUCAACAAAAAGGGGUCAAAAAAGAAAUGCAGCAGAUCAGAAGCCAGUUAACCCAAAAGUGCAGUUUAAAAUGGGAGGCCUUCCAGCAGGCUGAUGAACUGCAGUGUCAAGUUUAUGACCUGGAAGCUGCAGUUUCCCAGAGGAAUGCGACUGCAGGUUCUGCAGCUCAGGUCCAGAGUAACAAGCUUUCAGCAUCCACUCAGCAUGGGGAUUACCAGCAGCAUCCUUUGAAUUUCAACCCAAGCAGCACCAAUGGAACAGGAGGAAAUACUCAAAGACUGUAACGGUGGCAUUGGUAAUAAGCUGAUACGGUUGCAAAAUGAGCAACUUCUUUGUUAGUUUGCAAGCUGUGAUUUGUAUAUAUACCCAGGCAGGUUUCAUCUGGACAGUAAGUCAAAUCCCCUUGAAGAUUUAUCUUUAAAAGCAAGGUGACCAGUAGAUAUGGCUAGCAAACAGGAAAAAAAUGUUCUAAAUGUUCCAAAAAUUGGCUAAG